AUGCCGGCUCCGGAAGAGGAGGUGGUAGCAUCUCAACGUGAAAUAUACAGAGGACGCCUGGACAACCUACCUGAUAAUACGUCUAAUAUUGUCAGGAUUUUCCUCAGCUCGACAUUUACAGACACGAUCAACGAGAGAAAUAUUUUAUUGGACAAAGCGUAUCCUGAACUGAGACAAUUUUGUGCUCAGAAUGGACUCGACUUCCAAGUGGUUGACAUGCGAUGGGGAGUAAGAGAUGUGAUGACGUCAGAUCAUCAGACAACAGAAAUCUGUCUCCAAGAGAUAUACAACUGCCAGAGACUUUCAGUGGGACCAAACUUUUGCGUUAUACUAGGGGGGCGAUAUGGCUCACGACCUUUACCAGCAAGAAUCAAAGCCUCGGUUUUACAGACCAUUAAACAGUUCGCAAAAGCAGCUGAAUUACCUUUGGCUACCAUCGAGGAAUGGUACAUGCUUGAUACAAAUGCAGUCCCGCCAGAGUAUACUCUUAAGCCAAUCACAGACAUCUUUCCAUCUUAUAUUGACGAUAAUCCAGCCAAUGAGGAGCUUCGUAAGAAAGCUAAAAAUGAUUGGUGGAAAGUCCAAUGUGAAAUUCAAGCGAUAUUCCGAACCACAUCUCAAAGAGCGUUAAAACAGAAACACAUGACGUUUGAAGAAUGGCAACAGUUUAACAUAUCAGUUACAGAGGAAGAAGUUAAAAGGGGAUUGCUCAAUGUUUGCGCAACCUCAGAAAAUAAAUGCAUUGUGAUAACCAGAGAGAUUGACAAUGUUGACUUCACUGAUGAAAAGGCAUACAGAUACGUUGAUAUGAAUGACAACAAAGAUGCAUUGGAUGAAGAGACUGUUGAACUCUUAGGGGAACUUAGAGAUGAGACUAUUCCGAAACAUAUCGCAGAUUCGGAAAUACAAAAGUACAAACUACAAUGGGAGAAAAAUGGUAUAAACCCAAUGGUACCUGCUCAUGCAAAAUACCUAGAGGACUUUUGUAAGUUCUUUACAUCAAGGGUUAGGGACAUGAUAGUUAAAGCCUUGGAGAAAAGGGACAAAGCUGCUUCAAACUGGUUAUUCAGUGAAGUAUUACAUCAUCUUAACAUGUGUGCCCGAAGGAGUAGAUCAUUCAAUUGUAGACACCAAGGCCAGAAACGUGUGGAUGAAUACCUGAAUGAUGACACUAAUAGAGCUCCUUUUGUGAUACAUGGAGUAUCUGGAAUUGGGAAAACUUCAUUUAUAGCCAAGCUCACUCGCAAUGCAAUAGAAAAACAUGGUAAAGAUGAGGUAGUUGUUGUACGGUUUCUGGGGACAUCACCUAAAAGUACACUUAUCACAGAUACGCUGCAGGCAGUGUGUCUACAGAUAUGUGAAGCAGUUGGAUAUCCAGUACCAUCAAGGCCAACGCUCAAUGAUAUCAACUCAAUGGUGCCAUACCUUCAGGAAAUGUUUCGGAAGCUGUCGGGUGAAGGGCACAGGGUGAUUCUAUUUUUGGAUUCACUAGACCAGCUCUCACCGAAAGAGGGUGCUUAUAGUCUGAACUGGUUUCCAUUCAAUCUUCCAAAGGGUAUCAAAAUCGUCAUCUCAGUACUGACCGGUUAUGAAGGCAUUCUAGACCGGUGUGUACUAUGUAUCGAUAACCCAAACAACAUUUUGGAACUAGGUUUCUUAGAUGACGCUGAAUGCACAGACAUCUUAGAAACAAGCCUCCGACAAAUCAACCGCUCAAUUACAAAAACCCAAAUGGAAAUCCUCGAAAAUCUAUUUGAAAACUGCAAAAGUCCGAUUUUCCUUAAGUUGGCUAUUGAGGAGGCCAAAAACUGGAGGUCUUACUCUAAUGUUGAUGACAUCACACUUGGCAACACAAUACAAGAUGGUAUAAUGUUGCUAUUUGAUAGACUAGAGAAGAAACAUGGCCAGCUGUUUAUCAAUGCUAUGGCUUAUAUAGCAGCAGCAAGACAGGGAGUGACAGAUCUAGAAAUGGAUAACCUGCUGUCUAGUAGUAAUGAAGUGCUAGAUGAUGUCUACCAGUAUUUCUCACCACCUGUCAAAGAUCUUGUAAGGAUACCACCAUUACUAUGGACCAGACUCAGACAGGACAUAAAUGAGUACCUCAUGGAAAGACAGGCUGAUGGAAAAACCGUUCUGGCACUUUAUCACAGGCAAUUCAUAGAGGUCGCUAGACAGCGUUACCUAUGUGAUGAAAUGAAACAAAAGAUACAUUCAGAACUAGCAGACAUGUUCCUUGGAGUUUGGAGCAAUGGGAGGAAGAAGGAACUCUAUCUUACUAAAAGAAAGGAAACCUUCUUCGCAGACAGGAAGGUUGAACCACAACCGCUGUUCUACGAAGGUGGUUAUUACAAUAUGAGGAAACUCAACGAGCUGCCACUCCAUCUGCUUAAAUCCGGUCGUCAUGAGGAGUUGGUUGAUGUUUGUUUUGGUAACUUUGAGUGGAUUGUUACCAAGGUGACAGCCAUGAAUAUUUUAGAAGUCAUCCGGGACAUUGAUAUGGUUAUUUCAGACACAGGGGAAGAGGAGUUCAAGGUCCUCAGAGAUGCCCUAAGACUAAUAAAGCCAACGCUUGAGUAUCAUCCAACAGAAACACUUGCUCCUGAGAUCAUUGGUAGACUCCUUAUAAAGGUGGACGAAUACCCAAAGAUUAUUGGAAAGCUGGUAUCUCAGGCUAUACAAUGGUGUGAAAACGCAAAGCAGGAUUUACUCAUUCCAACAGUUCCAUGUUUUAUAUCACCUGGUGGAGUUCUACGGACUACAUUGGUGGGCCACCAACAAGCUAUAAACGAUGCUGCCAUAAAUGAGGAUUGCUCGCUUCUUGUGACUGCAAGUUCUGACCGCAUAGCGAAGCUCUGGGACCUUAGAGAUGAUAUUGUCAUUCAGAAUCUCUUUCAUCCAGGUUCCGUUGAGAGUUGUGUGAUGUCAUCCAAUGCUAUUGUGACAUCUUGUGACGACACUGUAUACGUUUGGGAUAUGGGCACAUCCAAACUUAGACAUACCAUACCCUUAAAACGCCCACAUAGCCCAUCUAGCGAAACCGCCAAUGCUUUAACAAACAAACCCAAAAUGGCUGCACUUUCUAAUGGAAACAUCGUAUAUCCGAUUGAAGACACUAUCUUUAUGGUGAACAUUGAUGAAGGGAAAGUUAUCAAGGAGAAAACCCAUGGUAAUAAAGCAAUUGUGUCAUACCUUAGCGUUCAUCAGAAGGAACACAUUCUAAUUGGAUAUAACAAUGGAAGUGUGGAAUAUUCUAACAUUGCAGGAAGUGGAGAGGAUGUAACGUAUGAUAUACAACGAUAUGAAAUAACAGGCCUGGAUAUGGCAGUAAAGUCCGGUAUAAUAGCGAGUGUGUCCUUCGAAGAUUCCAUCGUUAUAUACAACAUAAAACGGGGAAAGGUCAUCCAACACAUAGAGCCUACAAAAUCCAAGACUAUGUUUUCGGUUGCCCUUUCCCCCGAUGGACAACUUGUUGCUGUGGGUUCAAUCAAAGAUGUCAGAGUUUGGGCAACAGAAUCUGGUCAAAUGCUGCACGUGUUUCUAGGGCAUACAGGAAUAGUCAAUUCGGUAUGUUUCACUGGAUACAGUGGUGAAUCUCAGACAAAUGGGCCCACUUUGAUAUCAGCCGCAAGUGACUGUACUAUCAAAGUAUGGGACCUCGGAAAAAGUGAGCUGAAAUCCACAUACUCUGGUAUGACAGGAAGCGUGACGAAGCUCAUGGUAAAUGAUGAGUAUGACGUGGCCGUGUCUGCAUCCAAUGAAUCUCCAUAUGUUAAGAUAUGGCAUUUAAACCCAAACUUGAAAGAUGUUGUACCCGAGUUCCAAAAUGACACCGAUAUGAAACCAGUAGUAUUCCCUGAUGGGAAACACGUUGUUACGUUAGAUACUGAUAAUGUAACAUUUAUGGUGUAUGAUAUGAAAAAAUCUAGGAAAAUAUCGACCACUCUUGCACACGAUGCCCAAAUUACGUGUAUGGUAUGCACACCAAAUGGGAGCCACUUGAUCACGGGCGGGGCUGACAAUGCUGUAAAUGUGUGGCAAAUGGUGGGAACGAGCUUCAAACGAACAUUGGCAUUUGAGUUUGAAUCAGAGGUUACGCAUAUUGCAACACAUCCAGAUCGGAAACUAUUUGUGGUUGCUCUAAAUGGAAACAAAGUGAGGCUCUGUCAUUUGCAAAAAUUCGAAUGCGAUGAUGUUGAAAUUAACCUGAAAGAUGAGGAUAUCACUGCACUAGAAAUGAGCGAUGACCUUAUACUAUAUGGCACAGACACUGGCAAAAUAUAUGCUUGGAACUUUGAAUCCAUGUCCUGCCUUGCGUAUACAUACCAAGAACACACCACAGAGAUAACCAUCCUGAAGGUACAUAACAACUUCGUUGCUUCCACUACAAGAAACGAUCUUAAUAUUAAGAUUUGGGAUCUGAAAAGAAGGCAGGUUGUCCAAACCCUAUUGGUUUGUAAAGAAACAGUCUCAUCUAGGAUGACGAUAACCGCAAUGUCCUUCCUGCAUAAUGGUCAAUUAUUAGGAGUCGGUUGCUACGAGAGAUUGGUGUAUCUAUACGACAUGGCCAAAUGUAGAAGUCUUGUACCCGAUGGGCAGUACGUUUACUCUCCAGUUACAAACAUUUGCUCAAGUCAAGAACAAAACAUCUUGGUGGCGACACAAAAUGGCAUUCUCAGUUCAUACAAACCACAUAUAACCACGGAUAUUACAAUGCAGAACACACGGCUGACUCAAAGCGUCAGUACACACAAUAAGAAACAAAUUACCACAAAGGACGCUAAGAAUGUCAGGAAAGUCAGAUAUUCCGAGAAUGUAUCUGUGCAUGAACAUGACCAUAACAGCAAUGACACACAGAAAGAGCAAACUACUGGAAGAGUAGUUCCGAAUAAGGAGUUAUAUAGGAGAGCUCAAUUUAUACAACAAGCAAGAUACAGAAAUUCCUCUCAAAUGUGCUUGGUCAUGUGACAUGUGGACAGACAUGUACAAAAUACAUGUAAAACCAUCAUUUCAAUUUCCCAUCAUGCAUUGCAGCAGUUGACACUCAGACGUGUCUUAUAAUGAUAAAAUCCCGGAGAUUUAUUCGAUUGUUAGAGAAGUUUAACUAGUUUAUGAACAUCUUAAAAUAAGUUUAUGCUACACGAUUUUAUAAGAACUUGUGAAUAAACGUGUACAGAUACGGUCCUCUGCUGGAGAUUUAUUGUCAUGAACUGUUGAUGCAUGUUAGCC